AGCUGGCAAGUGAGUACGCGGGUGGCAGGAGCAGUCAGUACACACAUGCACGGAGCGAGCAGUGCAUGCUGGGAGCGGCACAACACCGGCUCUGGGUUCGACUGUAGUGAUUGAUCACUUGGAUUAUUGUUGACAUUUUUGAUUUUUUGCUAGCCCAGAGGAAACAACGUGCCGCCAUGUCCGGGGCUCCGCAAGACGUCAGCAAACUCACUGAGCUGACUUAUAAGAAUGUGAUGGAACAGUUCAACCCCAGCCUGAGGAACCUGGUCAACUUGGGGAAGAGUUAUGAGAAGUCCGUCACAGGAAUGACCCUUGCAGGAAAGGCCUACUUUGAUGCCAUCACAAAAAUUGGGGAAAAUGCUACCAUGUCUCCAGUGUCCAGGGAACUUGGAAUGGUUCUGAUGGAGAUUGCAGAUGUCCACAAGAAGGUCCAUUUUGAGCUGGAACAAAAUCUGAAGAGAUUUCACAAAGAAGUCCUCACUGAGCUGGAGAAGAAGACAGAAAUGGAUGUAAAAUAUAUGAACGCCACGUUCAAGCGCUAUCAGUCGGAACACAAGCUGAAACAGGACUCCCUGGAGCGUUCUCAGACGGACCUAAAGAAGCUGAGGAGGAAAAGCCAGGGCAAAAACGUGUCCAAGUACGAGGUCAAGGAGAAUGAGUACAUGGAGACCAUCUCGUCGCGCCAGAUGGACAUGCAGAAGUUCAUCGCCGACGGCUGCAGAGAGGCUCUGCUGGAAGAAAAGCGGCGCUUCUGUUUCCUCGCCGACAAACACUGCAUGUUCUCUUACCACAUUAGCAACUUCCACGAUAAGGCCAAAGAGAUGCUAAACGAAAAGCUCCCCAGCUGGCAGGAGAUGUGCUGCGAUGUUAGCAAGGUGCCGGAUACGGUGAAGGUCAUGAUAGACGGACUUUCCAUCAAUCAAGAGCGGUCCCCGCUUGUGGACCACUACAACGGGAACAGAGUUGAGCUACCUCCCGCGCCGCCGCUAAAAGCACAGACCAGUCCACUCGCCAACAUGUUCAACCCAGAACCAAGAUCUCCAAUCACCUCAUCUCCAGAGUAUCACUCAGACCAGGGCAGCCUGGGCGAUGAUGGCCUGUCCCGGUCCACAACCCAAGUGUCCAAGAAGCCUCUGGUCAGGACCAUCUUUCCGCACUCUGCGGGGAAUAACAGCACGCUCCUCAGUUUUGACGAGGGCGACGUGAUCGCUUUGCUCAUUCAUGAAGAAAAAGAUGGCUGGCUUUACGGCGAGCUGGAGAAGACUCGGCAGCGUGGCUGGUUCCCCUCAUCCUACUGCCGACCUUGCAAUGAACCUAUGAUAUUAAACAGCAGCAAUUUGGGGACACCGCUGCGCAGUCAGAGUGUUGCUAGUCUACCCGAGCUGGAGGAGGACGAGCCUGUUUUGCUGCCGCCACCAGACUACUCAGACGACUUCCCUUCCAGUACGAUGAUCCUGUCGACGCCAUCAUCGCAGAACACGGUUUCUCUGGUCAAUGGGACCGCAAAGGCUCCUUUUCUAGGAGGAGGUAAUCCCUUUGCGACCAUCAAGCUGAGACCAACUGUCACAAAUGACCGAUCAGCUCCGGUCAUCUAAACACAGAACUGCAAGUUGUUGCCAAAACUGUACCCCAACUGGACAGCUCACUCCACCAGCUUUGCAAAAGUCUUUUAAAGGGAUUUUUAACAUAAAUGCAUUUUACUGUGACACCAUACGGACACAUUACACAGUCCAAAACCACAUUUUUUUUUUUUUGCAAAUCCUUGUUAUAUAAAGUGUGCAUCCAGUCUGUGUUCGUGUCAGGUAAUAUGAAAUGUUCUUAACUGUACAUUUGAUAUACUUUUUAAAAACACGGCAUUCUAGCCAUUUCUCACCCUACCGAAUUAGAGCAUUUAAAAUAAAAAUGUAAAAAUUCAAACACUACAGCUAUAGCCAUUUUUUCUUCAAUAUCCACUAUUAGUAUCAAGCAAUUUUUGAUCCAAUCUGAAUGUAGUAGAACUAUGAUCAAUAUAACCUUUGUCUCUUGUUGUAUUAGAUGUAGAUGAAAGAGGGGGGAGAAGCAUUAAAAUUAUUAAAAAAAAAUGAAACUCCAACACGGAACAGAAGUAUUUUUAGUAUUGCUUGUGCUGCAGUUAUUGUAGUGAGAAAAACGUAUUUAUACAGCAUUGUUUUGACCUGACAAAAACAACCAGCUAAACUGUCUUCCUGACUUGCAGAAUAAACAAAACACUCAUAUUUCUAUUUAUAAUUUAUUUAGUUUUGGUCUUUUUUUUUUAAAGAGAUGAUGUGAGAAUGAAGGGAGCGUGCUGUGUUGAUAAGAAGGGGUUGCUGUUUGAGAAGUUUGUCACUGUCCGAAUAAGAAGGUUUUAUAUUUAUAAACUGGAUGUUUGUAGAAGAUAUUGAAAGAAAAUAUGUCCAUUAGUGCUCAUGCUGAGCUUGGGUUUAAGUUGACUGCAAGUACAUUUUUAUGAAGGCAAUUUUUCACUCGUGAUUUGGCUGUGUUGUGUAAACAUGUGUGCGGUUUAUGCAAAAUGUUCCUUGCUGGUUAAUAUUUACAUUGUUUAUUAAGAUGUCGGGUCACUAUUUUGAAAUAUACAAAGUAUAUUUUGUGAGGACUUUUUUGACAGGUAUUUUUUGCUUUACGGAAUGUAUAAUGUAUGAUGAAGAAGUGAUCAUACUGACAGUUAUUCCUCAGUGCCUCUUUCAGUGUACCUUGCCAUUGUGUUCACAAUGUAGCCUUUUUUUUCCUCAA